UCCUCGGAGCAGCAAAAUUUUUCCUUUUUCUCAAUGGACUCAAAGGUGCACCAAAGCAUAUCAGGCAGCAGGACACAAAUUACCUUAGCAAAAAAUACUUUGGAGUCCCAAGAAAGUAAUUUUCUUCAAACGGUUUUCUCAUCAGUUACUGCUCCUUUUGAUGUGACUUUAUUUAACCAAGAAGAAAUGGUCAGGAUUUCAGAAGGGAGAAGUACGCCGUUGGUAGAUGUCUCCGUAACAAGCAAUGAAGCAUUCUUAAGCAACGAUGAAUUUGUUAGCCCAUUUCCAAAGGCACAGUGGACUCCUCCACUGAAGUCUUUUGCAGUUUUAACAGACCAUCACUUAGUUAAUACAGUAGAGCCACCAAGAGAAACAUUAGAAACUGUGUUGCUAACACCUUCGUUAUCUGUCUUUUUUUCACCAUAUAUCUCAAAAGCAGCACAGGGAAAGACUCCGUUGAGUGCUGUCCCUGAACACAGUAACACUCUUCCAGAACUGAAGCCUUUUUUACCAGAUAGUGAAAUGCUAACUGCAAGCAGAAACUUGCUAUUGUACCCUCCAAAUACAGCUAUUUAUUUCUCUUCCAUUCCUUCAGAGGCAGGAGUUGCAGGGUGGGAAAACAUAAAAGCAGAUUUAACAGCUCUGCCUUUUGGGGCUGCUUCAGAAGGGUCGCCUUUUCGUCUCAAGUUGCUGUAUAAAACUAGCCCUGUGACCCCAGACGCCACAGCACAGAGUGCAAACCUGUAUGGUGACAUUUACGCCGAUGCAAGUAGCAGGGCAGCAGAAACUCUCAGUCUAAGGACCUACCCCACUCCGAGCAUUCCCUGGGUCAUGCCAGCUUCAGCAGCCACUGCUGCACCCUAAAAUGCUGAACCUCCUUUGUUUUUUAUUAGUCUUCCACUUGCAUCUUUCCCACUUCACUCAACUACCAUUUCCACAGACUCUCAUACAGUUCUUAACGCCAGUCUGUUUACACGUGAAUUCUCCAGUAUAACACCAAAUUUGCCUGCCAGUUCAGAAAUACCAAGUCAAUCAGAGCUUGUUAGUAAGCUCAUGAGUCCAGUGCCUUUAACGAGAUCAUACAGUUCUUGUCUGUAUUGUGACUCAGUUUCGCUUCUGCCAGAAGCAGGCUUUUCCCCAGAACAUGAUGUGGGCUCAGGCGAUUAUGUUGAAACUUUGUCCAUCAAAGCCUCUGAAGUACAAGGCAUAACUCCAUUUACAACUGUAAUUACUGAUGAGUACGAAUUAGAGGAGCCUGCACCUGAGAUCUUUGAUACUUCUUUUCCAUCAAGACCAGUAGUUUCAUUUUCUUCAAGAUUCGCAGAAAUGCCCAGUUCAGGCAUGUUUUUAUUAAGCACUAUGGACACUGCCCUUAACAACAGUACACCUGUAACAAUUUCUCCUUCUUACCAUCAGCUCUCUGGAGUAACAUCACUGAACACCUCUGCUGCCCAGUUUUCCCUCCCUGUUCUGGAAACAGUGUCAUUGACACCAAGCACUCUUGUAGAACUUCCUCAUGCCACCACUGUUCUGUUUGACUCUACGUUUGUCCUGAGUGAGCCAAUAGCAUCAUUUGCAGUCAGUCAUACGACUUUGCUGGAGUUGCCAGAGUUAAUGCCAUCAGAAUCUGUGGUUUUGCUUGGUAAGACAUCUACGAGGGAAGAACCGUCUUUAAAUGUUUCAGAUUUUUCUUCCAGUCUUUUAUCAACACCAUUUCUUAUUGAACCUAGCUACUUGUCUUUAUCAUCGGCCAUCCUAAAUUCUUACUCUGUCAUGGGAAGUGAUUUAUCAACACUCUUACCUCAGACCUCAUUAACUGGGACAUCAGUACUUUCUGAGGAUGUUACCAGCUGGGACUUAGUUACCGCUGUCAGCUCUGCCACUGACUCUGAGCUUUCUCAGUUCCCUCUCAACCAAGCAUCAUACUUUUAUUUGAAUGCAUCCUUUGUUCCAGGUACACAUGUUCCUGAAAUAACGCCAUCAUCAGAUUUUCACUCUGAGUCAUCUGUGUUUCUGGAAGCACCCUCAGUAUUGGCAGUGGGCUCUGAAGUUGUGUUUACCUUAGCUGUUACAGGAGCUACCUCUCAGUUGGAGCCUUCACUCUCCAUCUCUCACUCCGUGGUUCCUACCUUGGUGCUGCCUGCUUCCAACACCCAGUCUGUUACCAGCAGCAUCUUGCUCAGUGAAACAAAUCUGAUCUCUUUUUUUACUACCUUUCCGGCGACUCCUGUCUUAAAUUUAUCUUCAUCUUGGCUCUCAACUGCUCCGGCUUCUGAUGAGGAUAUUGGUGCUACAGUUAACCCCCCGCUGCUUUUAACAUCUCGCAGUGAGAGCAGUGCCCACACAGCCCUUUCUCCUGCAGACCCUGACAACCUGAUGUCACAUGCUGACACCAGCAGCGUGAUGCCCUCUCCUACAGCAUCUCUGUCUGUGACCACAUCGUUUGCUCCCACGCAAUUUCCUCCAGCUUCUAGCCCUCCCACUGGAUAUGAAGUUCCAGCAGGAAGCAGCAUAACUGCUGGUACUGAUGCAUCAGCUGCUCCCACCACUGUUCCCACAACCACUGCCACCAGUGCCACGGGCAGCCGUGGCACAACUACUGCAGGCAGCCUGGGGACAUUCUCUUCCACCCUUCUGGCGACCACUACUCCAGCUGAACCUCUGAUCCUAACUUCUGUUGUGACCACUACUAGGCAACCCUACGUCUGUGACAUCACAGUUCCCGAUGCUUACUUGGUCACUGCAGUGCUGGCCCGAAGAGCUGUUCUACAAAAUGUCAGUGAAUCCAUCAGAGAAGUGCUCAGAGUUCAGUUCAGGCGAUCUGUAGAGCUAGAGGUUUACAAAAUUUCCCCCAAAUUUGCUUUCUUGGUGACAUCAGGUCCCUUUGUUUACACGGCAGUAGCUGUCAUAAAUGUGCUUAUGAACAGCAGUCUUCUUCGUGGUGAGGCCCCAGUGAUCCUCUCACUGCACCCUUCCUUCACUGUGCCAGAUAACAGGUUCCAAGUUCAGACAGUGCUUCAGUUUGUGCCUCGGAACGUGGAUGUUGGGUUCUGCAACUUUAGCCGGCGCAUUGAGAAAGGACUGACAAUGGCAUUAAAGGAAGUGAGCAAACACCAGGAGUUCUACAACUUCACUGUGCAGAUACUGAAUAUAACUUUGAGCAGGCCUGCAGGAGCAUUUCGGCAAGGCCCUGUGAGCAUUGUUUUUGCUGUCCAAAAUAGACACGGUUUUUUAAAUGGGUCUGAAGUCAGUGAGCAGCUAAGAAACUUGUCCAUGGUGGAAUUCAGUUUCUACCUGGGCUUCCCUGUACAGCAAAUUGCUGAACCCUUUCAUUAUCCUAAGCUUAAUGUGUCUCAGUUGAUGAAAUCUUCCUGGGUGAGAACAGUUCUCUUGGGUGUCAUCGACCAGCGAAUUCAGGAGGAAGUGUUUCAGGCUGAGAUGGAGCGGAAACUAGCUCACCUGUUAAACGAGGCUUUGGCCAGAGGGCGGAUAUGGAGACGAGCCAGUUUUGCAGGCAGCAACAUUGUGCAGAUUGUGAACGUGUCACGGUUAGUUGGUGUUGAUAACCCUGUGGAGCUGAUCUAUUUUGUGGAGGACCAAGAUGGAGAGAGACUUAGUGCUCUGAAGUGCUCAGACCUAAUGAACAGAGUUGAUAUCCAGCGGGCUGCAAUCAUCCUUGGAUACCGCAUUGAAGGCACCGUUGCACAGCCUGUGGAGAAGCUGAAGGAGUCCACCUCAGAGUCACAGAAUAGCAACCUAUGGAUUAUUGUUGGUGUGGCGGUCCCAGUUGCUGUAGUGCUCCUGAUUGUUAUUAUUUUAUACUGGAAACUUUGUCGAACAGACAAACUGGAGUUUCAGCCAGACACGAUGAGCAACAUUCAACAGCGACAGAAG